CGUACUGUAAUGUCAGAGAAAGGCAAGUUAGUUUUUGUCAACCUCAAUAUGCGUGCCGACGCCGUCGUGACAUUCCAACAAUCCAGAUGAGACGCAAAACACGAGGGGCUUUGAUAAAUGUCGUGCUCUUCUGCGGCGUCCUUUUACUCAUUCUUUAUCUGAACACUGCAGGAUCAGGCAACGGUGCUAAGAAUUUCGCCUGGCGAACAGUGCGGUAUCAAACAACAGCCUCGACUCUCCCCUCUGCUCAGGGUGUCUGUCGAGGCCUCUCAGACACGACAAAGCCAGCACUUGUAGUGGCUCGAAUCAAUACGGAUGACACGAAAUGGCUCGACAGACUUUUAGACAAAUACCAUCUGUGCGUUUACACCGCCGACGCCCCCGUAGACAAAUCGUCGAAAUACCUCCAAGUGCCCGAGAAUCGAGGCCAUGAGGCCAUGACAUAUCUGACGUUCAUUAUCGACAAUUACGAAACUAUUCCUUCCUCGGGUGCAGUUUUCGUCCAUGGUGCACGAUGGUCCUGGCAUAACGAUAACCCUGACUACGACAACGCCGCCCUCCUUGCUGCGCUCAACAUAUCUUCGGCCUUGACACCUUGGGGAUACCACAACCUCCGUUGCGACUGGAGUGCGAGCACAUGCCCGAUGGCAGUUGCUCAGGGCAGCUUCGGUACAUCAAUAAAUGCUAUUCUAGAACCGUGGAAUCAGCGACUCGUAUCUGAUGCCGCCCUACCCGACGCCCUGACGGCGUUAUUCGGAUUUGAGAAUGACAGGCUCAAGCCUGGGGUCAGACUGCAUCUAGGCCGCCAUGAUGCUGUUCGCGCGCAGUGCUGUGCACAAUUCGUCGUGUCACGGGAGAGCAUACAUCGACAUACGCUCGAGGAAUACGUUGCACUGAGACAGUGGCUUCUUGACGGUAGUAGCGGCCAAAGAGCAAAUUCCAAUUCAUCUCAAAGCACCAAGGCUGCCCCGCCAGAUGAUCGUAUCGCUGGCCGCAUCAUGUCCUACGUCUGGCACAUCCUAUUCUUGGACUACGACACCUUGAACGAGCACAUCGACUUGGAAAAGUUGAACGAGCUAGCGUGUCCUUCAGCAGCACAAUGUUACUGUCGGCUCUACGGCCGGUGUGAUCUUCAACGCUGCACACAGGGUCGUUGUUAUGGACAAUAUGUCAUACCACCAGGGUAUCGCUUGCCAGAGGAUUGGGCAGCGACACAUGAACACUGAACAACGGUGCAAGCGAUGUUACAAAGUACUCUUAUUUUUGGCCGCGAGAUCCGAAGAUACAUCGACAUAUGUCUUGUCUAAAUGAGAUGAUUAUCUUUGAGAAGCUUUCCGACCUCGUUGUCCAUUUUUCGCACAAUCCAGUUCCUCACAAAUUCCGGCAGUGGUGCAUCCAACUCUUUACCGUCACGUAACCGAUUCACCGCAGCAAGCAGUGUUCGAGUAUCAUAUGUUGAAUUGAACACUUCAGGUACCCCACGCUCGACCUUGAGCAACUGAUAAACGGCCUCCAUGGCCGUGCGGACCGAAUACUCGGUGGUGAAGAUGACAUCGCGAGUGGUCUCGGCAAACUGACCUAUGAAGGCGAAAUUCUCGCUGCCGACUGGCACGACGUCCGGUCGGUCGCCCGCGUGCCGUGGCAUGAAGAAGGACGUGACAUACGGCAUCAUUACCGGCACGCAGGUGGCGCCUGUGGCAGCAAGAGUGGGUAUAUCAUUUGUCGGCACGCCGAGAUGGUACAGCCACUCCUGCGUAAUUUCUUCUCCGGUGCAGGCUUGCAUGGGCUUCUUGAUGUAAUCUCCUGGCACAUCAACGAAGAGCGAAUAGACCCAGACCACGAUCUGAUCGCGGGGCUGCUUCUUGAAAUGUGGCUGUCGAUUGACCGUCCAGCUUAGUAACCAGCUCGAGUCCUUGACGGUGACGAUGCCACCAGUGGUCACUUUGCCACUAAAUGGGUCCCGCUUGCAGAUAUUUUGAAUGUAUUUGGGUAUUCGCUGGUCCAAGGUGGUGACGGUGGCGGACUGCCAUUUCGACUCGGGAAUAUGAGAGCCAAAAACGUCCGGUCUGCCAAAAGAGGGAUUCUUCGCGGCAAUGCGCCGCCACAAGUCCCAUGCCGGUGCUGGACCUUCGUCCAACUUCGCAGGUGUCUUCUGGUCUCCUUCACCCGAGUUCUCGGUCAAGGAUCCGAUCGUCAUGAACAGCAAGUCAUUCGCCCCGAGGUCGAUGCCGCCUGGUUUCCCGUCCUUGACCCAGUGAAUAUGGGUAGCUUGCUUCUUCCCUCCGACAACUUCAAAAUCAACGUCGACUACUUCAGUCUUGUACUGGAACUGGACGCCGUGAUCGAGCAGCCAUUUAUGCAACGGGAGGACGAGAGAUUCGUACUGGUUGUACUUUGUGAACUUGAGGGCAGAGAAAUCUGGCAGGCCGCCGAUAUGGUGGAUAAAACGGUGUAGGUAGAGCUUGAACUCGAGGGCCGAAUGCCAGUCUUGAAACGCAAACAUGGUCCGCCAGUACAUCCAGAAAUUGCUCUUCAAGAAAUCCCUGCCGACUACCUCAUUGAUCCGCUUGCCUUCCAGGUCCUUUCGUGAUGUCAGAAAGACUCGCGAGAUGUCGUGUUGUGCGGUGGAACUGAGCCCGAAGAGUCCAUCCGUGUGCGCGUCCUGUCCCUGGUUGACGGUCGCCCUCUGCAGCGUGUAGUUCGGGUCGUCCUUGUUCAACCAGUAAAACUCGUCGAGGACCGAGGCGUCUUGGACCUCCAGGGAAGGGAUAGACCUGAAGAGAUCCCAGAGACAUUCGAAGUGCUCCUCCAUCUCUCGGCCCCCGCGGAUCACGAAUCCCUUUUCGGGCACGUCGAGGCCGUCCAGAGCUCCACCCGGUAUGGCCAGCUCCUCGAGAAUCGUAAUGUUCUUCCCCGGCAUCUGGGCAUCACGGACGAGGAACGCUGCUCCGGCCAGGGAUGCCAGCCCAGACCCGACGAACCAUGCUGUCUUUUCGUCAACCCCCGGGGGCUUACGGGGUCGCGCGAAGGCUUCGUAGUUUCCACUGCUGUAGUACAUGACUUUUGCCUGGCUCAAGUCGUUGACGAUAUUGUUACUCGGUAAUGAUGAAAAUGAUGAUGUGGUGAAAUUGUCUCUAUAUUUACAAAUGUCGGACUUUGAAUGAAUGAUAUAUAAAUAAC